CAAAAAUAAAUAAACUUCAAACAUCUUGAAAGAAAGCAYCUAAAAAUCAUCCUUUUUCCUUAAUUUCCCCAUCAUGUUUGCCUUCRAUGGCACAUUUAAGAGUCGUCCUACAGUAUCUUUGGGCGGUGCAAGCAAGAAAGAAGAAAGGUCUGCACUUUUACAGAGAGCUCAAACAGAAAGAAAAAGUAGAGAGGAAAACAAGAGAAGGAUUUUAAGUGCUAUCACGAUACAGGCAUUCAUCAGAGGUGAAAAAGUUCGACAUCAACAGUAUGACAGACAGAGAUCAAUAUUUGAUGAAACAGUACACUCCUUACAGARCACAAAAACAGCUUCCCCUGAUUCRCACCUUAUAACUGUGCUUACCAGAAGACUCAUCUUCUUCUACUCAAAUUCCAAGGACAGCCAAAGAUUGAUAUGGCUGUGCCAGCUGUUAUUGAAGCAUCAUGCAGCCUUGCAGCCAGAUMAGAUGGAUGAGGCAAGAAACAGAACAUGGAUUUUCCAGAUUAAGAAUCUUUUGGUWUUGUGUUGUAGGUCUUUGGAUCAGUCCAUGUUAGAUUCAAGUCCAAUUGCUGUUCAGUUAAGAAUGCUUGAAGUGUUCACGACUCCAGACUCUCAUACCAACAAGAAAGAUGCUAUUAGGAUGACAAUGUUCCUUGUCAGAAAUGGUUAUUUUAGGUACCUUAGAGCCUUGAUCAACCUUCGAGUACCAUCAAGUCUUGAACCAUCACCAACACCCCCAACACCUCUUGCUAGYGCUCUAGUUGACCUUGUCCUCAGACCUGUGAACCUGCUAUGCCGAGAUGCACAAGAGUACCCUUAUGAUAGGCAUGAAGUACUYGCUGCACUGACRAACGAUAUGCUCUGUCCUGAGAUGAACGAACAGUUUGUCAACUUYGUGUUACCUUAUCUAUCAACUCCCAAGACGAUGUUCCCAUUUUCAAGGCUUGUGGAGACCAUUUAUAUGAUGCACAAGAAGCCCAAGGGGAGAGGUGUUAGUCUUCRAGAAUUGAAGCUGUCACCAUGGUUACUGUAUGCCAUUCUUGUGCUGGCUGAAGAACAUCUAGGUUCUUUGUCAACAGAAAGUCUUCUUUGUUAUCUUCAAAUUUUACAGUUUCUUCUUCCACAUCUACCAUUACCAGCCACAGACCCAACCGAUAGUGAUGAUUCAGAUUCAGAAAUGGAGGUCUCAUAUGUUCAGGAUGAACGUUUGAAUCCCAUACGAGAAGAAUGUCUGAAAAUCCUCGACUCAAAAGAGCAUGUCAAAAGCCUGGAAUCUCUCGUCACGAUAAAUAUCAAUAAAACACAGGCGUCCAGGAGAGGUGAUGUUCAUGGCCUUGUCUUAGCCUUGUGUAGUGUGUGCCAUCACCUGAUGACAGAAAGUAGAAUGCAAGUUCAUAAAACAAGAUUACUGUAUACAUUAGCAUUGAAUCCAGUGUUUAUCCAUGAACUUUGGAUGCAUAUCCUGAUAGAAACCAUAACCACUGCAACAGGUAAAGAGAUUCCCAUACUACAGAUGAUUCACCAGGGCCAAAACCUAAUGAUAUCAGAAGCAGCUCGUAUCGUCCCUAUGUUGUCUUUGUUCUGCGCUCUGUUUAGUCAUUCAUUAUUCUCGAUUGGAGAUAAGGAAUUCUUCGGCGAAGAUCGAGAUAAUUCCAUUAUGCCUUUCUCACUACAAGAAAUCAUCCCAAUGACCUCAGCGUUGUGUGACACUGUCAUCGGCGUGACGGAAAUCAUCUAUCCUGACAGCAGUCACGCAAUCUUGAGAGAUCAUUACGUCAGCGCUAUGAAAAGCGUGGGAGUACGAUCUGUUCUCGUGAAAGCAGAGGAAUUCUACCCUCAGAGGAAGUGGAUCUCCAUUAGAAUCGAUGGCUUCUUAGAUGAAGAAGGUGUUAUUGAAGGAGUAAUCCAAGUGGGUAUGUCAGCGACGACAACACGGUUCAUGUCGAUACUGCGGCACAUACCAUUCGUGGUUCCAUUCAAGGACAGAGUCAUGGGAGUUUCUGAAUGAGCUUCUGAAAGCAGGGUUCGAUCCGAAUAUUGGUUACUUCAAAGCAACAAAUGAAAGACUUCUGUAUCCUAAUCCUCAGGCCAAAUUAUGCGCUCCCAACUAUCUUCAACAUUUUCGAUUCCUCGGGAGAAUGCUAGGCAAGGCAAUCUACGAGAACAUGUUAGUCGARUUACCUUUUGCGAGCUUCUUCUUAUGUAAGCUGUUAGGCCGGCACGGCACAGAUGUCGAUAUCCAUAACCUGGAAUCUCUUGAUCCUGAAGUCUACAAAAAUUUGUUAUUCUURAAAACCUACGAAGGAAAUGUCGAGGAGCUGGCGUUAAAUUUUACGAUUGUCAAUAAUGAUUUUGGAGAAACACAGGUUGUGGAGCUACUUCCAAAUGGAAAAGACAUACCCGUUACCGACAGCAACAGAAUAUUGUAUAUUCAUCUUGUGGCUGAUUAUAGACUGAACAGACAGGAACUCUAUCCUGCCUUCUGCGUGCAUAGUGCGGGCAAAGAGGACCGUCUUCCAACAGCCAGUACCUGCAUGAACCUUYUAAAACUGCCAGAAUUUCCUGACGAUGAGACGAUGAAAGAACGUCUGCUGUAUGCCGUUGAGUCUGGUGCGGGMUUCGAACUUAGCUGAGCGUUCCCGUUCUACUACUCUUGAGCUAAAAGGAUCUAUUUUUAUGAUAGACUGUUAGCUAUGCGAGGAAGCAGCAUUCGUGCAAAUGACCCACGAUGACUUGUGGUGGAGAACGAAGUUGUAAGCUGCCAGUAGGCGAGAGAACUUGUCGAUUGRCUAGUAAUAUAAACAUAAACAACAACUUAAACAUCUAAAAUUGCGAUACCAUCGAGAGAUAAAUUGCAGCGURUAGACCCCUGACAUUCAAUCUCAAUCUUGGAGUCAAACCAGAAAAAAAUUACGCGUAGAAAAAUUUAAAUCCUCAAGAGGAGAGAAUGCGUACCAGGUGAUCUCGCGCACGCACUUCCAGUUACUAUUAWCCAAUCAGAAGCAUUUUUGUUGCAUCGCCAAAAGUUCCAUGAUGGAUUUUAAAAUGGAUUUCUAUUUCGAUUUAACAUUUUUUGAAAUACUUCCUGAAUUAUAACUUUACAUUGGAAAAUUACUUUACAUGUACCACAAAAGCUUCCUCUUGCCCUAUCAGCAGUUGAAUUAAUAAAAACAAAGCAUAAAUGCAAUAAAAGUAAGCGAAAUGGGUGUGGUCUUAAUUGGUCACCAGCCGCCAUUUUGAGUACCGUGAGAUAUUAUGAAAUAGAAGACUGGGUAUUAGGAACCGUUCGAUUUGACAAUUAAUCCUUCGGGCGCUUGGAGGCGAGAUUACCUGGUAUGUUUUGCCCUCUAAAAUGGUUAUUAACGAAGGGUCCAGUUGACAUUGCAGUGCAUUUUGGGCUUGUCUCAGGGGACAUGUUUCCAAGAUGGCGGCUAUUCCGGCCGUUAAGAAAGCCUCAAGAUGCACUACAAUACAAACUCGAUCCAGUUUUUCCCAUAACCUUGAAAUGGCUAAUAUGGGUAAAGAUAACGCAUUUAAUCUUUCUGUCACACGGAAUAUUUGUGAAAAAAAAAAAA